GAGCCGCGGCGACGGGGAGGCCGGGCCUGCGGGGGGGCCGGGCCCCGGCGCCGCCAUGCCGAAGGUGGUGUCUCGCUCCGUCGUGUGCUCCGACACCCGCGACCGCGAGGAGUACGACGACGGGGAGAAGCCGCUUCAUGUCUACUACUGCCUGUGCGGGCAGAUGGUGCUGGUGCUGGACUGCCAGCUGGAGAAACUGCCGAUGCGGCCGCGGGACCGCGCCCGGGUGAUGGACGCCGCCAAGCACGCCCACAAGUUCUGCAACGCGGAGGAGGAGGAGAGCGUCUUCCUGCGCAGACCAGAAGGCAUAGAGCGGCAGUUCAGGAAGAAGUGUGGCAAGUGUGGGUUGCUGCUCUUCUAUCAACACCAACAGAAAAACGCUCCUGUGACGUUCAUUGUUGACGGUGCUGUAGUCAAGUUUGGUCAGGGUUUUGGGAAAACAAACAUAUAUACUCAGAAACAAGAGCCUCCCAAAAAGGUGAUGAUGACCAAACGGACCAAAGACAUGGGCAAGUUCAGUUCCGUCACAGUCUCCACAAUUGAUGAAGAGGAGGAGGAGAUUGAAGCCAGGGAGAUUGCAGACUCCUAUGCACAGAAUGCAAAAGUGAUUGAGAAACAGCUGGAACGCAAAGGCAUGAGCAAAAGAAGGCUCCAGGAGUUGGCUGAGUUGGAAGCCAAGAAAGCCAAGAUGAAAGGAACCCUGAUUGAUAAUCAGUUUAAAUAAAAUGCUGCAUGUCUGCUGGGUAUUCAGAGACAGGAGAAAGCUAUCGCAGAUCUGUCGACAAAGCAGAAAUAACAGACAACAUUCAAGGGCAACAUGCUGCAACCAGCUUGAAGGAUGAGUACCCCUCUGUCAUAAGUGAUAGUCCGAUACCAAUUUUAAUAACUCCAGUGGUACUGGAGACUUGGCUGAAACUGCAGUUCUCUACAAACCCAGUGUUAGGAGCAAGCUGUUCCAGCCAGAAUAUUUACUUCUGGGAAAAAUUUUUGCUGGGUGCCUUCCUGAAUUCAGUGCACCUUUAGAUAGUUGUCUUUUUAUCUUGGUAGUUUUCUGUAAGAUCUCCAUAAAUGUAUUGCAACAAUAGGUCAACUCUACAACAGAUAUUUUUAUGAAACUAA